ACUUAUCUGAAAUUGUGAAUUAGGAGAUUCUUAUCAAUCGGUAGAUUAAUCGCAAUAAGAUCGAUCGAUGACACUAUUUUUGUGCUCUUUAUUGAUUUAAUGAACAUUUGUGUUUACCCUUGAUGCGAUACGUCGUUCAUCGGUUAAUCACGUGUCAUUUGUUUCUGUAUAUACAAUUUCAAGGACAUCAUAAUAUAUAUUUGCUAAAUUUUUUAUACUAAUUUAACGAUUUAAUCAUGAAGAUCUUAAAGUUUCUACCUUCCCGAUCUAUAAGCACAGGAAAUCCUUUUCGGAACAGGUUAACUGAACAGGUUGAACAUUCAACCAAAUCUUCUAUAGUCAAAAAAUCGACUGUUGAUGUUACGACAGUAGAGCAUCAUUCUAAAUUAAGUAAUCAGUGGUGGGACGUGAAUGGAGAAUUGUGUGCUCUGCAUUCAUUAAACCCACUUAGAGUACAAUUCGUUCGGGAUGGUUUAGCAAAUACUGGGAUGCAGGUGGAAACCCCAUAUUUACCUUUAGAGGGAACUAAAAUCUUAGAUGUUGGGUGCGGCGGAGGACUGUUGUCUGAACCUUUAGCUAGAAUAGGAGCAGAAGUAACUGGGAUUGAUGCGUCUUCAGAAUUGAUAAAGACUGCUAAACAGCAUGCAUCUUUAGAUUUAAAUUUAGAUGGAAGGUUGAACUAUGUUCAGGCAGUUAUGGAAGAUUACUAUGCAAAGAACAAAGAGAGAUACGAUGCUGUGGUAGCCUCUGAAGUUUUGGAGCAUGUAAACAACAAAGAGUUAUUUUUAAAGUAUUGUGUAGACACUUUGAUACCUGGUGGUUCGAUAUUUCUUACAACAUUGAAUAAGACUCUGCCUUCAUGGCUUGGAGGCAUAAUUGCUGCUGAACACGUUUUAAAAUUGGUACCAACGGGCACUCAUGACUGGAACAAAUUUAUCACUCCAGCCGAAAUUCAGCGUUUAUUAGAGACAUGUGGUUGUAAAACAAAAUUGAUCCACGGAAUGUUUUACAACCCUUUAAAGAACGAAUGGUUCUGGACGUCAUCUACAGCGAUAAAUUAUGCAGUUCACGCAGUGAAGAAACGAGAAUAG